CCUGGGAAUGGAUUACGAAAUUUCAAAAUUUACAAUUUUGUGAAUAAUAAUUUGAAAGCAGUGUAAUGUCCGACCACAGUUAUAGUCGAAAUUCAGGACGUAAUUCAGGUAGUGGUGGAAAUCCAAUUUAUUCUCAUGAAAAAAGUUUAAAAAAAUCUUCAAAUCGUUCAACGACGGCCACGGCAAAAAGUUUGAAUAAAAUGAUAAAAAAAUCAUCCACAUCAACAGCAACAUCAUCAACAACAAAUCUAAGUAGCAGUGGUAUUAGUAGUAGUUAUAAUAGUAAUAAUGCAAGUGGAAGUGGAUACAAAACAACAUUCAUAGAUAAUGCAACCAUGUUUUCAUCAGCUAAAGCCGGUAGUAGUAAUAGUGGUGGAAAGGUGGACAUUGAUCCAAAUUUUAUUAAUCAAAUAUUUGAACUACAACAACAUCAACAUCAACCAUCGACAAAUAAUCAAUCAACGGAAAUGGAUUGGAUGAAUUGUAAGGCAAUUAAUCUUGGUGAAUCAACAAUAAAAACAUCGUCAUUGGAGUUACAAUCAAAAUAUAUCGGCAGGGAUUUAGGAAUCAACAAAUCAACACCAACAACAAGUAGUAAAUCAAAAAAAUGGGACCAGAGAAAAAAUAAAAUACUAAAAUAA